CGGAAGUGUGAAUGGCACGAGGCGAAUUUCUCCUGCUCUUUGCUUUUCUGUUCCUGCUUCUAUGGCUUUUUUCUCCUGCCUGGAUGGGAGAGAAUAAGAAAUCUAUAGAGAGAGAAAGGGGGUGUAUCGAUGUCAUUUUCGGUGUCUGCUCCUCGCUUGCAAAGUUUGCAGGUGGAUUGGACGGAGAGUGACCGGUCUAAAGUCACCCAGUCAGCUUUCAUCAUGCCUAAAGCAGGACUAGAACUCCCAAUCUCCCAGUUUCUAUCCUCCUGCCUUUAUCACUAGAUCACACAGGUCUACAAUUACAGUCAAUAAGGUAAAGGUUCCCCUCGCACAUAUGUGCUAGUCGUUCCCGACUCUAGGUGCUCAUCUCCGUUUCAAAGCCGAAGAGCCAACGCUGUCCGAAGACGUCUCCGUGGUCAUGUGGCCGGCAUGACUAAACGCCAAAGGCGCAUGGAACGUUGUUAUCUUCCCACCAAAGACUAUAGUGAUUGGAAGAACAUACAAAUGUGCGCACACACUUUUCCAUUUGGCAUCAGGUCACUUCUGUUGUGUUUUAUCUGACCGGAAGCAAAAACCAUGGCCGUGUCUUCGCUGAUUUGCCCUGAAACGAUAAGCAGGGUGAGCUCCGUCCUCAACCGAGAGGUGAAGCAAUUUGGAAAGAAGUACAUGUUUGACGGAAAUGAGGAAACUAGUUGGAACUCAGACCAGGGUGCCAUCCAGUGGAUGACAAUGGAAUUUCCUCAGACUGUCCAGGCGUCCCAAAUUCAAAUUCAGUUCCAGGGUGGCUUUGCAAGCGGAAAAUGCAUUCUGCAAGCUGAAUUGUUGUGGUCCACCAGCAGCCUGCGGAGCUGGCAACAGAGUCGGGCAGCAAUGAGGCUGAGGAAGAACAUGGGCCAGUCCUGGAGGCUGGGAAAGGCCCGAAUAAAGACUCUGCAUCGGAGGCAGAGAUGGGGCCAGGGCCAUCGGGGAGUGAGGUGUGGACUCCGGAGCCUCCAGAGGCUGACAGUAGUGAGGCAGAGGAACAGGAGGAGCCUGUUCCUAAUGCAUGCAUGAGAAGAGCUGCCAGAAGGCAAGAGCAGCUCAAGCAAAGAGGACAGCUCGGGAGUAGGGCCAAGAGAUGAUUGGCCCCUCCCAUAAGGCUUAAAAGACCAACAACAGCAUUUGGGCUUUGCCGGAAAACAACGCUGAUAGUUUUGUCUUGUUGCAUUUGUAUCGGUGUCUUCUGAACUUUUGCCAAGAAAGGCUUUUGGCAGUUUGCCUAAUUGGACCAAGGUUUGUGAUAGGACUGUAGAAUUUGUGUGGGAGGAAUUUGCUUUAAUUUAGUUGAACUA